AUGGCAACAGCAAACAGUAGAGUCCAAUGUUUUGUAUGUAACAAAGAAAAAAAUACAUACAAUUGUAAGGGAUGUUCAAAUGAGUUCUGUUUUCAACAUUUAACAGAACAUCGACAAAAAAUCGAGACACAAUUAGAGGAAAUUAUCAAUGAUCAUGAUCAAUUUCAACAAACAAUUAUUCAACAAAAACAAAGUCCACCAAAUUCUUCUUUAAUUCAACAAAUUAAUCAAUGGGAAACAAAUUCAAUUCAUCAAAUUCAACAAACAGCAGAAGAAUGUCGAAAAACACUGAUAAAAGUGACACAAAAGUUGAUCGAUGGUGUAGAAAAAAAGUUUAUAGAAUUAUCUCAGAAAUUAAAAGAAAUUCGUGAAGAGAAUGAAUUUAAUGAAAUUGAUUUAAAUAGUUUCCAAUUAAAAUUAACACAAAUUACAAAAGAAUUUCUUCAAUCAGCAAAUAUUUCUAUUCGACAAGAUUCACAAGAAUUUAUCAAGAAAAUUUCAGUUAUUUCAUUAUUCGAUUCUGCUCAAUUAAAUCAUUCUACAACUAGUACAGCAACUAUACCAAAGAAUCAAAUAUCAACUCAAUCUUCAAUAAAACCACAACGAAUUCAAACGAAAAAGAAUCAAUUUCAACAAUUUGCAAUUACUGUUGCUGGAGGAAAUGGAUAUGGACAGGAAUUAAAUCAACUCAAUUAUCCGUCAGGGAUGUUUAUUGAUAAUGAUAAAUCAAUUUAUAUUGCUGAUUAUUAUAAUCAUCGUAUUAUUAAAUGGAAAUUGAAUUCAUAUGAAGGUCAAAUCAUCGCAGGUGGAAAUGGAAAAGGAAAUCAAAAUAAUCAAUUGGAUUCUCCAAUAAAUAUAAUUUUUGAUAAAAAAAAUAAUUCUUUAAUUAUUUCUGAUUGGGGAAACAGACGAGUAAUUCGAUAUUUUGGUGAAAAUCAAACAAAUCAACAAAUUAUUAUUUCAAAUGUUAAUUUUGGGGGCAUCACAAUCGAUAAAAAUGGAUUUAUUUAUGUUUCUGAUCGUGAGAAUAAUGAAGUGAGACGAUGGAAACAAGGAGAUGGAAAAGGUGAAUUAGUUGCAGCUGGAAAUGGUAAAGGAAAUCAUCUCAAUCAACUCAAUUUUCCUACUAAAAUCUUUAUUGAUGAAGAUUAUUCUCUUUAUAUAUCAGAUUGGGAGAAUCAUCGUGUAAUGAAAUGGAAAAAAGGUGCGAAAGAAGGAAGAACUGUUGCUGGUGGAAAUGGUAAAGGAAAUAGUUUCAAACAAUUGUCUUGUCCUAAUGGAGUGAUUGUUGAUCAUUUGGGUCAAAUCUAUGUGGCAGAUACUGGUAAUCAUCGAGUAAUGCGUUGGUGUGAAGGAGAUGAAGAAGGUGAAGUUGUUGUUGGUGGAGAUGGUAAUGGAACUCGAUCAAAUCGAUUGAAUAGUCCCUAUAAUUUAUCAUUUGAUAAUGAAGAGAAUCUUUAUGUUGCUGAUUCUGGAAAUCAUCGAAUCCAAAAAUAUGAAAAACUUUGA